AUGGAAGAAGCAAAACCAACGGUUACUCCUGCCAUAGUUAACUCCACACCGUCAAAAUACAACGGACAUCCUUUCAAAGAACCAUCUACUUACAGAAGUAUAGUUGGGGGACUGUUAUAUGCCACAUUUACAAGGCCUGACAUCGCUUUUGCAGUGAAUAAAGCUUGCCAAUUUAUGCAUGAUCCGACUAAGGAACAUUGGAGUUAUGUGAAACGGAUCUUGAGAUAUCUUAAAGGCACUUUAAAUCUUGGCCUUCAUAUUACUAAGAGUGAUUUUAAGUUAUCUUGGCAUGCUGAUGCUGAUUGGGCAGGGUGUCCAGAUGACCGCCGAUCUACUGGUGGGUAUCUUACCUUUCUUGGAGCUAAUCUUAUCUCAUGGAGUUCAUCCAAACAACGAACAGUGGCUAAAUCUAGUAAGGAGGCUGAAUAUAAAGCCAUGGCGGAAGUCGUUGCUGAAAUUAGUUGGCUACAACAAAUUCUUCAAGAGCUGCACAUACCUAAUUUAUUAAAACCAGAAUAUGAGAUCUUAGAAAGGGAUAAAUAUUUUCCUCAAGUCGCGCGUUCUCCGGGGGACGCUGACAGAUUGCUUGCAGAGAAUCUUAAAACAGACUCUGCUAAAUUGCUUCUUCUGAAAGGUAACUUGUUCUUUCCCAAGAACUGA